CAUUUCGAUCAUUAGCAAUCACACUGGGACUGGGGUCGGUUAUAGUUGUUGAAUUGGCGCUUUCGCUUACAAUCGAAUUCGCCCCCAAACCCUUAUUAAAAUGAUCAUCCUCCUCCUCACCACUUCAGAUCCAUUUUCACUUCAUUAAUUUCCAUUUCUUUCUUUUAUUUUCUCAUAUAUAUAAUAAAUUUCAAUACGUUUUUUUUCAUUAUAAUAAUGGAUCCUUCCACAUCUCGACCUGCUGUUGUCAUCGAUAAUGGCACCGGGUAUACAAAAAUGGGUUUUGCAGGUAAUGUGGAACCGUGUUUUAUUGCUCCGACAGUUGUUGCAGUUAACGAAUCGUUUAUAACACAGCCAAACCGUAACUCUAAUAAGAGCAGUAGUAGCUGGCUGGCGCAGCAUAGCGCCGGUGUGAUGGCUGAUCUUGAUUUUUUUAUUGGGGAAGAAGCUAUAUCUAAAUCCAGAAGUAGUGGUAGUUAUAAUCUAACUUACCCAAUUAAACACGGGCAAGUGGAGAAUUGGGAUGCAAUGGAACGGUUUUGGCAGCAGUGUAUUUUCAAUUACUUGCGGUGUGAUCCAGAAGACCAUUACUUUUUAUUGACCGAGAGUCCACUGACUCCACCAGAAAGUCGAGAGUAUACUGGUGAGAUUAUGUUUGAGACAUUUAAUGUUCCUGGGCUUUAUAUUGCAGUGCAGCCAGUACUUGCUCUUGCUGCGGGGUACACCACAUCUAAGUGUGAGAUGACAGGUGUUGUAGUAGAUGUUGGAGACGGGGCCACUCAUGUUGUACCUGUUGCAGAAGGUUAUGUUAUUGGGAGCAGCAUUAAGUCGUUACCAAUUUCAGGAAAAGAUGUUACUCUAUUCGUCCAACAGCUCAUGCGGGAAAGAGGAGAGCAUGUUCCUCCUGAAGAUUCACUUGAAGUAGCUCGGAAAAUCAAGGAGACUUAUUGCUACACAUGUGCAGACAUUGUCAAGGAGUACAAUAAGCAUGACAAAGAACCCGCUAAGUACAUCAAACAGUGGAGAGGUAUUAAACCCAAGACUGGGGCACCGUACUCAUGUGAUGUUGGUUAUGAACGAUUUCUUGGUCCUGAGAUUUUCUUUAAUCCAGAGAUAUACAGCUGUGACUUUACAACCCCUUUACCUGAUGUAAUAGACAAGUGUAUUCAGUCUGCACCAAUUGAUACAAGAAGGGCGCUAUACAAGAAUGUAGUGUUGUCUGGAGGGUCAACCAUGUUCAAAGACUUUCAACGAAGACUGCAACGUGAUACAAAGAAGAUCGUGGAUGCUCGUGUUCUUGCAGCUAGCACACGACAUAGUAAUGAAGUAAAAGCACAGCCAGUUGAAGUUAAUGUUGUCAGUCAUCCCAUCCAGAGAUAUGCUGUAUGGUUUGGAGGCUCUGUACUUGCAUCCACACCAGAGUUUUUUACGGCUUGCCAUACAAAAGCAGAGUAUGAAGAAUAUGGGGCAAGCAUAUGCCGAACAAAUCCCGUUUUCAAGGGUAUGUAUUGACCGGGGAGGUGUUCCUCGCUUCAUGUUCUUGUACAUUUUGCAGGUUAGCUUUGUUACAGAAGAGGUGUGUACUAGAUGUUUCAUUUCUUGUAAGAAAAAAGUGCUUUUUAUCGUAUUUUUUACGUAGAAGCAAAUAGGGUUUGGUUUUAGGAUCCCCAAUGAAAUAGAAGUAUUUGUUUUGCUAACCAACCUUAUAAGGUGACGGAAUUUGAGUGCAUAAAGGUGUCAUCAAUUCGUUAAAAAUUAUAUACAUCUGAAAGUAAUUUUCAUACCA